AUGGAACAAGGAAAAGGGACCAGAACAACCGCAAAGGCAAACGAACCCCCCGCUGCCCGCUAUUCUCAGGGACCUCUUCUACCUAUCGAAACGACGCUACUUCCUCUUCCGCCCCCUCCAUCCGCUUCCAGGCUCUGUCUGUGCCCCUCCAAAAAAGACCCUUGCCGGCCGCUGCGGGAGUCCAACGUUGGAAAAGAACUAGAAAGGUGGCGGAAGCUGCGAAUCUGCUCAGCCACAUCACCAAUAAUCUCGCGUCUUCCUCUUCCUCCCUCACUUUUCAACUUCAAUUCAGCCCUUUCCUUUAAGAAUCCGCCUUGUCCAGCCGCUGGCCCAUGUCGCUCCCACAUCCAGGCGUACACACGAACCACUGGCAUUCCACACUCGAGCCACUCCGUGAGCCAUGGCACCCAACCGCCUGUCCCGCAGUCGGCCGAGUGCCUUACUCAAGUUCCUUGCGCAGCUCAUAUUCCCUUUAUUUGCACGACACAGCAAGUCGAGGCUUUGGUCAAGGUUGUCACUGAGGAUCCUGCAUACAAAGGGCGAUGCGUCAGCUGGCCUGCGACUUCGCUUACCUUACAGCGUAUCUCUCCGAGUCUGGCGCUGGCUUUCACGGAGCAUUCGCUCUCGGGACCUUCGCUUUUGAACAAUCUCGACGGUGUGACUGUAUCUCAUGAAUCAGCGGCGACUUUACACGAAAUGGCAGUCGCGAGUUUCGCCAUUGCCGAAGAUCUGGCACGGAUCGUUGGACAGGUUCAUCGUGACGCCUCCUACCACUACCACAAAAAGGGAACCAACGGCCCGUAUCUGCCUCUCUUCACGAUACCACCAGCUGCCCGGGUCAUGUCGUGUUAUCUACAUCGGAUGGACCGAAUCAUGUCAGCUGGGCUUUCCACACAGCUCAUGGAAUAUGCAGCCCGCCGCCUUGGUCAGUCAUCAUCCAUCCUCUUCCUCCUGCGGCGCGCGCCAUACGAAUGCGAUGGGGACUUUUCAUGCAUGGUGAUUCCAUCCUACAAUUCCAAUGAUAUUAUGCCGCGUCCCACGUACCUAAGGCACGCUCUCGGAGAUAAUUGGCUCACCGUCAGCGUUUGUAUGGAAGAUCGUCUGCAAAGUUUAGAUCAGAUCCACGAUCUGCGCAUGCCGUUUCCGAGGACCAAACAGUAUCUCAUGCUUUUUCAACAUACUUGUGGGGGGAGUCCAGAAAGCAUCUUGGGAGAAGGCGGUAAUGCAAACCGUCUCCUUCCUUUCGUGAAGUCAUUACCCGUCUUCACCUCCAGUACACUUGCUUCUCUUCUCUACGCAACCGCGAUCUGUAGACUUGCACUUCCUCUCCUCAUACAACAAGAUAUCCAUCUUCAGCCACAACGAAAACACCGCGACAACAUGGCCGGCAAAAAGUCCGCCACGGCCGACCGCGGUCCAACUGCCAUGCACAAGUAUCGCGGCACUGGUUUCGAGGAAUUCUAUGCCGACCCUCCCAUGGCUCCUGCCGAAGCCCAGGAGGAGCGUGAGAACAUCUACAGCCUAGAGUUGACCUUUGCCGAACGCAUACAAUCAUGCAUCCAGCGCUACCGCGCUCGCCGCCGUCUGGGCGCUUCCGACCGGAUCUUCAACAAGUACCUCUUCUUGGGAGGCAUCGACACCACACCUCGCAUGUUUGGCGGCAAUGUAGAUGCCGACCUCAAGGACAUGACACCGGCAGAGAGACGAGAAGCAACGGCCAUUGACACCGUCUACAGCUCCGGCGGUGGUGCGCGGUUCUACAACGACGAUGAUCCCGAUGGCUGGGAUGUCGACUUUGCCGGUGUAGUCGCGGGUUUUUGCUCCGAGACGCUCCCGAACGAGACGGCCUGGGACUACGCGCAGAUGGGCAAGGCGGUUGGCCUGCUAGAGAACUUUCUCACCUAUAUCCUCCACCACGACGUGUGCCCAGAGUAUGACGCCAAUGUCAAAGAAGCUCUGGAUCUCUGCCAAAAGGCCAAAGUCGACCUGCCGUUGUCUCAUCAAGCUCUCCUCCGAUUUCCUGGCCAAUUCAAUUUGGCGCUGUCGGAGCUGUUUUGCAAUGACUUUUUCUUCUUUGGAGACGCCGAGGAAUUCCAGCGGCCAAUGGAUUUCUCCCCUGAAGCAGUUUUCAAGGUUGCAAUGGCAAUGAAUGCUACCCAGGAGCAGUUCAAUGCUGUCACUAAUAGUCUGAAGUACGGCACCAUUGAGGUCAUCGGCGAGGAGGAGUGCAGCGUCGAGAUUAUCUCCAUUCACCGGCCGAAUGAUGAGGCGCACAGGCUCACACGGAGCAUUCGUCUAGGUAAGGGACACCGAUUCGAGCCCGUCGGAAUAAUCAUCACGAAGCCUUGCGUCAUUGAGGAUGGCUACGACUACGGAGAGGAUAUCAUUUUGUCUGAUGAACAGCGGGACACCUUCUACCUGGAAGAUUCAAUCCUGCAGCGCCUGAAGCCAGGUUUCAAACUGCAACUCUGCGUAUGCGAGCUCAACAUUGGCAUCAAGUUUGUGAAGCAGGCUCGUCAAGUUCUCGUGGAAUGGUACACCUUCCUGCCGCAGAACCUCAUGCGACACUACAAGGAGCCCGUACCUAAUGAGCGCCCUGCCCCAUCGGCCAUCAAGGAAGACGCGAAGACCGGCAAGCAAGAAGCUGUAACUAACUGA